GAAUUCCGAAACACGCCGAGACCGGGUAGCGGUCGGUCUCGCUCGCGUCGCUUCGGCGGUGUUGCGCAUCGCGUCUCCACUGCCUGCUGCCUACAUUACUCUACUCUAGAGGAGAUCGCUCGCAGUCGCACGUCGGUCGCACAGUCGAGCGUCGCACCGCACAGGCACAGUACCCGCGCGCAACCGGUGGUGAUAACACGUCGACCACAUGCCCGCCGCCCCCGACAACAAACGCAACCAACAAGGUGGCACACCUUUUUGGCGUUUAACUAUCAAACUGCCUAAUUUUGUGACUGCAGUAAGAAUGGUGAACCGUUGCGAGCGCCGUGCUAUAGCGUGCGUGCUCCUAGCCGUGACCGCGGUAGUAGCCGCUGCCUCCUACGACCGCGAGCGCCUUGACAUAGCCAAGCAAAUUCUGGAGGAGGUACCGCUUACUGACGGCCAUAACGAUCUGCCGUGGAAUAUCCGCAAGUUUCUACGCAACCAGAUCAACGAGUUCGAACUGGACACCGACCUGACCGUUGUCGAGCCCUGGUCUAUAUCCAAAUACUCGCAUACUGAUCUACCCAGACUGAGGAGGGGAAUGGUUGGAGCUCAAUUUUGGUCUGCGUUCGUGCCGUGUGCCACUCAGAACAAGGACGCCGUGCAACUGACGCUUGAACAAAUCGACGUCAUCAAGAGACUGGUUGAAAAAUAUCCGAUGCAAAUGCAACUGGCCACUUCUGUUACGGACAUCCUGCAAGCUCACAGCGCCCGUCCGCGUAAGAUCGCGUCAUUGAUCGGCAUCGAAGGUGGGCACUCGAUCGCCAACUCUCUGGGCGUCCUGCGCAGUUACUACCAGCUCGGCGUGCGAUAUAUGACCCUAACACAUACGUGCAACACUCCAUGGGCCGAUUCGUCCAAUGAAACACCGGUCGUCAAUGGACUUACGGAGUUUGGAGAGAAAGUGGUGAAAGAGAUGAACAGACUCGGCAUGUUGGUGGAUCUGUCUCACGUCGGUGAGAACACGACGCGUGCAGCUAUCCGCUUGUCGAAGGCUCCGGUUAUCUUCAGUCACUCUUCAGUGUACAGCCUUUGUGCUCACAAACGAAAUGUACCCGACGACAUCAUACAAUCUUUGAAAGAAAACGGCGGCAUCAUAAUGGUGAACUUCUUUCCCGAUUUCGUGAAAUGCGCACCCAACGCCACUCUCUCCGAUGUCGCAGAACAUUUCCACUACAUCAAGAAAUUGGUUGGCGCGGACUUCGUCGGCAUUGGAGGUGACUUCGACGGCGUCAAUCGUGUCCCCCGCGGCCUAGAGGACGUGUCCAAGUACCCGGAGCUGUUUGCCGAGUUGCUGCGCAGCGGCCAGUGGAGCGUGCAGGAGUUGAAAAACCUCGCCGGACUCAACAUGCUGCGCGUUAUGCGACAAGUCGAGAAGGUACGUGACGAGAUGCGUACCAACGGUGUGGAGCCCGAGGAGCACCCUGACUCGCCUACCGACAACGGCAACUGCACGAGCAACGCCUUCAACAGCGACUACUACUAGACCACACAUAUAAAUAACUAAGAACUACCCACAUAGGACUAUUAAUACGGCAUAAUAAAAAAGCUCACCUAUACACUAUCGUAGUAAAUUUAUUUAAUUUGGUAAAAAUCAAUGCGACCGGUUGCAUUUAUUUCAUGCACACGUAUGCUCGUUGUGAGCGUAAUAUGAUUUAAGUAAAGUUCCCGGAAUCGAAAUAUCGAACUAUGAGAGCAUAAAAUUGGAUUUGAAAGCAUUAAACAUUGCAAACUCAUUUAUCGAUAAAUACAUACGUGUGUGUGCAUUUGUAGAGUAGAGUAUUUUGUUCGUGAGCCGAUUAAUUUUUAAAACAUGUGAGGUAAAUGUAUAUUAUGUGAACAAUAUUAAACCGGACGAUUUCUGGUGAAGUAGCCUGCUUACUAUACCCUAACAGAUUAAUAAGCAUAGUUGAAUAGGUCCAUUAGUCACACGGCAAAAUGAAUCGCGUUCUCUUCGAUUUAGGAUCGAAGUUGUGUGUAGUCAGUGUUGUAGUUGCAUUCUAUAGAUGUUCUGUACGGACACUGCACUCUACACGCGCUUAAAUGAACGACACUUCUCUAGUAGGUACUUGCAUGUGUUUCUGUUGUACUGUUAGAUGUGUCCGCCUUCUAUGGAUACUAAUUUAUUCAAUAUACAAUUCUAGACAUUUUAAGAAAAAAAUAUUUUUCGACUAUCUUCUUAUUCGAAGCCUUUUACUUUGAAUUCUUUUUAUCAAACCAUUUUCCAAGGAUAUGCAUUUUGUUGUCGACGCCCAUCGUCGAAAAAUGCUGCAACAUCAACAUUAUACUUAGACAAUUUUACAAAAAAAAAUAUCAUAAUUUUAUCUUAUAUUUUUUAAGUUAGUGUCUUUUUUAGUUAGAGAUAUUUGGAGGAUUAAAGUACUUUUCUUUCAGACACACUACUUUUUUUUUCAAAUUUGACGAAACCUGAUUAUUGUUCGGUUAAAUUUUUCAAACUUAUACUUUUCCGUCAUUCAUGGUCCUACUUUUUGACAAAAAUAAAAUGAAAUGAAAUAACAAAGCUAAUUUAGUGAAACUGAAACGGCGUCAGUUCAUUUUGCUGACGGUGCUGUCUUGCAACUGAACAUACAUAAUUGAACAACUUUUAGAUUAAAUUGAAUACAACGUGGUCAA